AUGAUGAUGAAGAGCCACACAAUAUUCCUAUUUAGAAUCAUUUUUCUUUUUAUGUUUCUUGGAUGGCUAACAGUUUGGAUCUUGUAUCCCACAAAGAUAUACCACAAGACAUGGAUUGUCAACCUAGAAAACAAGUUCGAUUCUACAUAUUUUAGAGAGCAAGUUGUUUUAGGGGUAAAUCUCCUGCUUUUUACAUUCCCUAUCAUGUUCAUUGGAGCUCUUGGUGGUAUUUAUCUUCAUCUUCAUCAGGAAAAAAUAACACAAAAGUUACCCUCCACAAGUGGUGGUGCUCUAAAAAGAUGUAUAUGUUACCUGAAACGUCCAUUCCUGGUGAUGUCUCCAUUUGGAAUAGUUUCAGCUAUGGAGCUUCUUUUUGCACUCAUGUUUGUUGCACUUUUGAUAUGGUCUCUUGCCAAUUACUUAUAUAGAAGUUUUGGUCACCUCCAUAUGCACAAACAAGACGAGAAAGUAUGGGAAGCAAAGUUUAGGAGUGUAUCAUUGAGACUUGGUUACAUAGGAAACGUAUGUUGGGCAUUUUUGUUCUUUCCAAUCACAAGAGGGUCUUCAAUUCUGCGUCUGGUUGGACUAACAUCUGAGUCAAGCAUCAAAUACCAUAUUUGGCUUGGACAUUUAUCGAUGGUUCUUUUUGCUGCUCAUACCAUUGGUUUUAUCAUCUAUUGGGCCAUCACCAAUCAAAUGAUUGAGAUGCUGGAGUGGAGCAAGACAUAUGUGUCAAAUGUAGCUGGGGAGAUUGCAAGUGUAAUAGCAUUUGCAAUGUGGAUAACAAGUAUUUCACGUAUAAGGCGUAAGAUGUAUGAAGUUUUCCUCUAUACUCACCAUCUUUACAUUCUCUAUAUCUUAUUCUAUGCAAUCCAUGUUGGAGUUGAAUACAUGUGCAUGAUUGCUCCUGGGAUUUUUCUAUUCUUCGUUGAUAGACAUCUUAGAUUCUUACAGUCUCGCCAAAAUAUUCGGUUAUUAUCAGCUCGCAUUUUGCCUUGUGAUGCACUUGAGCUCAACUUCUCCAAGAACCCUAGUUUAUACUAUAAUCCAACAAGCUUGGUGUAUAUAAAUGUGCCAAAGGUUUCCAAGCUGCAAUGGCACCCUUUUACAGUGACUUCUAGUUGUAAUAUGGAAACUAAUCAUCUGAGUGUUACCAUAAAAAAUGUGGGUAGCUGGUCAAACAAGCUUUACCAACAACUUUCUUCUUCAUCUUCGGAUCAUCUUAAUGUUUCUGUUGAAGGACCCUAUGGACCUCAAACUAAACAAUUUCUAAGGCAUGAACAGAUUGUGAUGCUUCUGGUUCAAGAACUCAAAUCUCAAACCUUAAUUUACAAAUUGAAGCUUACAUCACAAGAGAAACACAAGAACCUUCAACAGAAACUCAAAAACCUAUCCAAACAAUAUGGUUUAAGCCAAACCUCUCAGAUUCUCCUAUCUCAGUUGUAUUAG